ACGAACUCAGGACUUUUGCACACUCUGCUCUUUAUCGUAUGUAAUUUAUCGUAACAAAGACUAUAUUUCAUUCUCUCUCAGCGUUACAACGCCGUGGACAAAUAAACAAAAUGAAGGUCUCAAGCAUAGAAUGCCGACGCCUAAGGAAGAUCAUACGGAAGGAAUGUGGAAGCUGUCUCAUUGUGGAUUGUAGACCGUACUUUUCUUUCUCUAACUCCAGCAUAAAAGAUUCAGUAAACGUCAACUUGAACUCCGUGGUAGUCCGAAGAUCCCGGGGUGGACCGGUACCUCUUCAAUUUGUUAUUCCAGACGAAAGAGCCCAGUAUCGACUUCAAGAAGGUAGCAUCUCUACUGUUGUUGCUUUGGACGACAGGACACCACAUUGGCAAAAACUGAAAAAAGACAGUGUCGCACAGAUCGUUAUAAAUACGCUGUCACAUGUAGCAAGUGGAGCAAACAUUUGUUUUCUAAAAGGUGGAUAUGAGAACUUCCAUUCCCAGUACCCCGAACUUUGCACGGAGAUGAAACCAAUCCCUCAUAACGGAAUUGAAAACGAGAAAAUAGCGAGCAGCAUCUACUGUGACAAACUGACCGCCCAUCAUAAACCAGACUACGAUCAGGGCAAGCCUGUGGAGAUCCUGCCUUUCCUUUACCUUGGCAGUGCCUACCACGCCUCCCGACAGGACUAUCUGAGUGACCUUCAGAUCACAGCCUUGCUCAAUGUCUCCCGGAGAGACACUCAGCAAUCCAAAGGCCACUUCCAUUACAAGUGGAUCCCGGUGGAGGACAGCCACAUGGCUGACAUUAGCUCCCAUUUCCAGGAGACUAUUGAAUUUAUUGAUUUUGUGAAGCAAGCCGGUGGAAAGGUACUGGUCCAUUGUGAGGCAGGCAUCUCGAGAUCCCCCACCAUAUGUAUGGCUUACAUCAUGAAGACUAAGGGUCUGCAGCUGGAGGAGGCCUUCGACUUCAUCAAGCAGCGACGGAACCUCAUUUCCCCGAACUUUGGUUUCAUGGGCCAGCUGCUCCAGUUCGAAUCAGAGGUCCUCUCCUCUACGCCCUCAACCACGCCUGCCCCCUGCGGUCAGGAUACUGCUUCCUUCUUCGCUAAAGAGUUUACUCUCGCCAAGAACUAUGAACCCUCUGUCUUCAGCUUCCCUACCUCCUUACUGGCCCCCCUACCAAUCCAGUCGCCAGUUCAUCAGUUUCAGUUCAGCCCAAUUACUGCACUGCCUUAAAUGUUGUUUCAUGUCCUAUAUCAUUUCAUUACUUGAAAAAAAGAAAGAAAAGGAAACAGUGAUACCACUUCAGUGGAAUAAAAAAGAGGUGGCAUCACUGUAAAAAGGGAACAAGAUAAGCAAAUCUGAAAGCAAUUAAAGACAAGAUUCAUUUUGUCACCCUUCCUAGAAAUGUUUACCACUGAUGCUGUUGCCUUUGCAUCAUAAACUACAGCACAGCAAUUAUUCUGUAACAUCUGCCUUACAUUGAUAAUGUGGUGUUUGCUGAUACACAAGCCUGAACAGGUAUUUUUAAGUUAUUUAUUAUGUUUUUUUAAAUAAAGAUAUUUCUGGGAAAUAUACAUAAA